UUCCUCAAAUAUCAUCAAAGAAUCUCUAUGCCAAAAGAUGUGGUUCCGGAGGCGACCUGAACGCCGUGAUAAUCAUGAAAGUCGCACUUUCGACGACUGGAGAGCAGUAAUGAGAUGCACCACGAGUGUCAGGUCUCCGGGCUUUCUGAAUCCAUUCCUAUCCGGAUUUACCCUUAUAGAGAAGGUGAUGUUAAUCGGCUCUGCUCAAAGUGCUUGUCUCCAAAAUGACGAUGAUUCGCGUUGGCUAGAGGCCCAGUUUGAGCAGGCUGGCCAAUCCAGGCUCACCCAGGUUGUGCGAUAUUAUGCAUAUAGGAUACGCGAGAACCGGGGAGAGGCAAAAUGGAGUCAAUCUCGGAUCGAAUUGGAAACGUGCCUUCAUUGGGCAGCGCAGCGGGAGAUAUAUAUUCAAGAGGAGGUGUCUGCGCUGCGCAAAUCCUGCGAGUUGAACACCGAUAACUGUGAGACUGAGGCUUCUCGAUUAAAGACACUUGAGGAUGAACUGACAUCUUUGAAUGAGACAUACUAUAAAAGCACCCGACAGUUAUGGAGAGUGGAAGCUGGCAUACCAACGGGGCCAUUGAAAAACGGGUUUCCUUGUCUGGAGAGCCGACCCCAACUGGUAUCUCUGUGAAUGGUUACGCAAAGAGUGUUCAGGGGAAGGGUGGCUGCUGUGGAAGAAAGUGCGGAUGCUGCGAGAGCCCUAGAAAGACUCAUCGCCAUAUGCGCCUGGGAC